ACCAGAGUUUGUUUUGAUAUCGUCGCGCGGUUGAGAUCGGAAACGUGCGGUAAUUCGGUAACGAAAAUGUUCCGGCCCUUCCUGUUCCGCCGGCUGGGACCACUUUUGCUAGAGGCAACCCGACGUGGCUACGCCGGCGCUCACCAGCGGAUGGUGCAGUUUCGGUUACCGGCGGAGCGGUUGAACGAUCUGAAGGAGAGACUCUCCAAGGGUGACGGUCCACUGGGGGCAUCGGAGUGGAACGAGAUUCGGCGGAGUAUUCUGGACGAGCGCCGGUUUACCUCGACCAAUGUGGACAGUACGGUGCUGGGGUUGUGCAGGGAUUUGACUACGGGGAAGUCUUACGUGGAGUUUUUGCGCUCGAAAGGGAUCGCGUUGAAUUUGGCGAUUGUCGGGAAGUUGCUUCGGUUAUACCGGAUUCAGACCGGGGGUGGUGGGUUGAGUGAGGUGGAUCGGGAAGAAAUCGUUAAGAUUUAUGAAGAAUUACGGGCGAGCAAUCCGGUUCUGGAUGGGAACACCUGCGAGCAUUUGAUUGUGGCGUUGACACUUACGGAACGCUGGCGGUUGUCUUUUGAACUGCUGGAUAUGAUCAAGCUUGCUGGAACUCCGGACAGUUUGACCUACAGCUGCCUGAUUGAGCGGUGCUUCCAGGAGGGGGAGAUCGAAACAGGUUGGCGAUUGCUCGAGGAGCAAGCGACCAACAAGAGAUUGCCAAACGAUGAGGUUUUCCUCGCUUGGCUGAACCAUUGCCGGAAGGAUCGAGCAAACUUUCGAUCCAACCUGGAAAAGAUGCUCUCCUUCACCAACGCCAAAGCAAUCUUCCUAUCCAAGCGGAUCGGCGCAGCGCUGCGAGAACUUCCCCGCGAGUUCAACCUCCAAGCGGCGGAAGCUCGCAUGACCGACUCGGGCAAGUGCUCCCACUGCAAGUCCACCCUGGCGAGCAUCGUCGUCCCAGAGGACCAAUUCCAAGCCCUGCGCGACGCCUUCAUCCAAGCUGUGAUAAUCAAAAAGGACAUCUUCAACAAAACAACCCCCAAAGAGCUGGAACGCUUCCAAACCUUCCUAGCGCGCACCAAACCGUACGACGUCGUGAUCGACGGUCUGAACGUGGCCUUCUCCGCCGGCAAUCAAAAGUCACCCGCGGUGUACGCGAUGCAGCUGGCCGCAGUCGUGCGGCACUACGUCCGGCACAAAAAGCGCGUCCUCGUGAUCGGUCGCCAGCACAUGGACCGGUGGCGCUCCAAGGACAUGAAGUACAUCCGGGAGAACGCGUUCCUCUUCUUAACCGAAGACCUGUCCCAGGACGAUCCGUUUCUGCUGUACGCGGCGCUGGAGAGUGGGCCGCGGACGGACUUCUUCUCGCGCGAUCUCAUGCGGAAGCACUCGUUUCUGCUGGGUGAUGAGUUGGGUGCGGUGUUCAAGCGGUGGCAACAGGAGCACCAGUUUUCGUUGGUGUCGAUUACGCCCGACGGGCGGGUUAUCAUCAGAUCGCCCUUUCAGUACGACCUGUACGCGCACAGCCUGCCGGAAGAGCCCAGCCGGUGGCACAUUCCGCUCGUGGACGAAUGUCUGAAGAUUCACAAGGUGGAAAAGCAAGCAACGUGGUUGUGUUUGAAGUUUGAAUAGUUUGGGGGAAUCUUUGUGAUUUAUUAAAAAAGCGGUUCUAGAG